CGUCCAAGACAAAGGGGUGGAGUAGUUGAUAAGACAGUAAUCUGCGACAGCGACGUUUGUGUUUACAAUUUUUUUCUUUCCAAAUUUUCGCAAUGAAACUCACUACAAAUGAUUUCGGUCUUGGGUCAUAAAUGCCAACCAGCAGUAGUGCUGCAACCAUCGAGAAGAAGAGGGCUUUCCGUUUACAAACCCACGUAAAAAGCAUUGAAAGACACGAUGCCGAACGCUCUGACUUUCUCACUAUUGAGUCGGCAUUGCCCUCAAACGAGCGCAGAUUGACCAAGCGCUCCCACAGUACUUUAAACGCGUCAAGCAUUUCGAGGGCGCACAGCUCGAAGCUGAUCCCAUGCGACCCCAUCACCUUACAAACGCACGCCGAUGGCUCCGUCCAUGUCACACGCACCCAAAGCGAGAAAGACUGCAGUCCUGAUCGGAUAAGUCUGGACAGGAGAGGGCUCACCGCCUUUCCCAUCAUCGACGGCGAAAUGAAACUCAGACUAUUAUCCUUGCAACAUAACUUAAUCAGCAAUUUAGAGGGGCUACAAGCCCAGAAUUUUCCCUACUUAGUAUUUCUAGACAUCUACGACAACCAGUUAGAACAAAUGGGCUGCUUGGACACCUUGGACAAUCUCAGGGUGUUGCUAGUGGGGAAAAAUAGGUUGCGCAAAAUCGAGGGCUUAGACACACUGAAAAAAAUCGAAGUGCUGGACUUGCACGGAAACCAAAUCACGCAUGUUAAUGGUUUGAGUUGCUUGAACGAGUUGAAAGUGCUGAAUUUGGCGGGGAAUCAGAUUCGGUAUAUCGGAGUUGGGGAUUUCCAAGGCUUGACGUCUUUGCAGGAAUUAAACUUGCGCAGGAACCGUCUUAGAAAGUUGCUGGGGUUCGGGGAAACCCCGAAUUUGAGCAAGCUGUUCAUCAGCAAUAAUGACUUGCAAAGCGUUGAGGACAUAAGCAGCUUGGCAAAAUCGUCCAACUUGAAGGAGAUCUCCAUCGACAACAACCCUGUGUUCCUGGGAGGCGAUUGUGUCUCAUUUUUGGUUUCUUACCUCCCUCAAUUAAACAAACUAAACUCGAUGCAAAUUACCGACCAAGUGCGGAAAGCUGCAAUGGCAUGGCGGCGAAACAAAGAGUCCACAAACUCGGCUUUUAUGGACUUGACCAGCGACGUGUGUUUGAAUGUUCGUCGAGAGGAGAUUAUUUCAAACGCCCGAACCAACUGGGAGCUCCUCCGCUCCCAGACCAAAUGUUUAACAGCAAAAUCGUCGAGAAAUUUAUCAAAAAACGUGAACUUGUCUUUAGACUCCGACCUAAUUUUGACGUCUUUUGGAAAAACGAAAGCAAAGACUUACGCCAGUAUUACCACCAAAGUGCCUCUUUUUACAAAUAAGAAACUAAUAAGAACCAGCUCGCAAGAUACCGACAAUUCGCUCUCCUCAUCCAACGCCUCAAGUAACGAGUUCAUAAGACUACCCCCGAUUUUGGUCCCGAUCAUCAAAAAAAUGGAGCAGAAAAGCGAAGCGGGCUCGAAGGAGAACAGCAUAAAAUUAUCCGGAAGUCUCUCCAGCAUUGGCCCGAACGUCGACAGUUCGGUCAGUUCGCUCGGAAGCGAGAACGAAUCGUCCGAAAGUUCCGAAACGGAAGUGGAGACGGAGCCAGAGGAGCAACCGAAGCCCGCGGAAGAAGAGAAACAAGUGCCAUCGCCGAGGCCGGUUGUAACCGAGAAAGAGGAGCCGAAAAAUGUGUGUGUUGCGGAAACUGGAAGUAAUGCUUCGACGAACACUGCACCCAGCACGUCAGGUAGUGACCAGUCGGCGAAAGUUGAGAAAACAAGGAAUAUUAAAAGUGCAGUGAAUAGUCGGACGGCAGCGUCGAGGUGGCAUAACAGGGCGGCCACUGCGAAGCCCAAAAAGCAGUCGCCGUCGGUUACAACCGGGGGGAAGGACAGGGAGCAAGGGGGCGAUUACCUGAUCGAAAUCUGCGGCAGAUACUUGAACAUUUACGGUCAAUGUGCCUUACGUUUUAUCGACCGUCCCUGGAACGCCUCAAAGGCCAACGACGUCAACUCGGUCAAAUUCAACUACGUCAACUUCAACGGAAUCACCGGCAUUCUAAACAAGCUAAAAUUACGAUUCCCCAACAUCGACAACUUCUUCUUCAAAGAGACCAACAUCCACUGUUUGGGCCAAAUCAACGCUCUGGCCGAAGUCCAAGGCCUAAUCUCGCUCAACAUCGACCCUGAGGGGAACCCCAUAACGCAGAAAAACUGGCGAAGCUACGCCAUCUACAGACUCUCCCACUGGGGCUUGUCUGUGAUCAACGAAGUGGAAGUGACCGAAGAAGAAGUGAAAAAGGCCAACGAGGAGUACCAAAGUUUGAGCGACUUGGUCCUGUGGUCGUUGCCCGACGUCCUCCUGCAGCCGCUUCUAGUGAGGCUGAGGCUGGACGUGAGUUAUGGGGUUUCGGAGCAGAACGCGAAAAAGUGGCUUUUGGCGGCGGACCCCGAUUUGAGGAGCGUUGUGAGCAAGGAGGCGCUGCAGUGGAAGAAAGGAUGCGGGGAGGAUGUUGCGGUUAGACAGAAAGCCAAGCAAUAUAUUUCGCAGCUGUUGGAGGAAAUGGGCAAUUCGGUGAACAAACUGCGAUUGUUGGAUAAAAAGUGGCCUUCGAUUUUGCACGAAUUUGUGCGAAAUGCCCUUCUGGACUACUCACAGUUAGACAUGUACAUGAAACAGAAAAUCUUAGAACUGAAGUAAUUAUUGGUCCACUGCCGUUUGAAAACACUGUUGCACUAUUGUGAACGUUGAAUUUUUAUUAUGUAUUUGUUGAAUAAAUUUGUUAUUCUUUACUA